AUGGAGCAUGAUUUCAUUCCCGGUGCUGAUCCAGAAGAAAUCAAAUGUUUUCUUCAUGGUCUUGGUUUAAUAACAUUUGAUGAAUAUUAUGCACAAAUAAAACAAAUAUUGAAACGACGACGACAUUCAUCAAAAAUGACAAAUGAACAAAUUCAAAAAAAAUUAAUUGAAAAUAGUAUGUUUAAAGAUAAUCUAUCUAAAAAUACACCAUUAUUAUGUCCACGAAAACGAACAUCAUUUUCUUUAGUUUUAACACGUAAACGAGCAAUUAAAACACGAAUACCAUCCAGUACUCAAAUGAUAACAACUACUACAAUAUCAUCAACAAAUGAAAUAGAUACAGUUGAUAAUGAUCAACCAUUAGACUUACGUUUGCAAUCGAAUUUAAUUAGUAAAUGUUAA